AUGGCCAUGCUCGCGUCCAAAACGCCCUUUUCGGCCGCCCUCGGCUCCUCGGCCACCGUCUCCAGCAGCGCACCGCCCUCGUCUGCCCUGCCCGCGACGUCGCGGAGAGUCCCCCCUUCGGCCGCCGGAACCCAGACGUAUCCCAGCCCCACAGAGUCCGACUUCUCCGACGCCGACGGCCCUAACUCGGUGAAGCAUUGGGACGAGGACCGCGUGGCCGACUAUCUACGGAGCAUCAACUGCGGCGAUUACGAAAAGCUCUUCAGGAAGAACCACAUCAAUGGCGAGAAUCUGCUGGAGCUCGACAAGGCGGUGCUCCAGGAAAUGGGCAUCGACAAGGUCGGCGACCGCGUCCGCCUCUUCCUCGGCAUCAAGAAGCUGAGGACCAAGGCCCAUGCCAACCAGAAGAAGCGUAAUAGGGAAUCCUUUGCUGCGCUUGAGAUCCAUUCCGCCCCGGCCUCUAGUGACCCUGCGAGACAACUCAGCGCGCGUACGACGCCCAUGUCCACCACCAACAAGCGAUACUCGCGUCAGAUCGACCUGUCCGCGUCGCUCGAUACUGCUCGGCAGCCGCGCUUCCCCCCUGGCGCCGGCUUCGUCAACGGCAUCGGAUCCGGCACCGUCUCGUCCAGACUGCCUGCCUCGUCCUCGGAUGGCCCGCCCGGACGCCUGGCGACUACGCAUACCAGGAACAACUCGAGCAUGGACGGCUCGCUGAUGGCUGCCCUGCCGCAAAACCAAGACGUCAUCCGAGUCAUCUCGACCGGGGGCGUCACAAAGGUGGUCAAGAUUGCCGGCUGCAGCACCUGCGAGGAUGUCAUGCGCGUGACGCUGCGAAAAUUUGCCCUCCGCGAGGACCACGAGCGAAACUACUGCUUCUGGGUCCUGACCGGCAUCGACCCCGAUCCGACCCAGUGUCGGCGCCUGGGGGACACGGAGCUCUGGCGCAUCAUCAAAGACCAGCGUCGCCCGGAGCGGAACCGUCUCAUCUUGCGAAGGGUCCCCGCCGCGGAGCCUGGCGAUGCCGAGCUCCAGCGCGCCGCCGCCAUCGCCAUGGAGGAGGAGCAGCAAAAACACGCCAAGGCGCUUGAGUCGGUGGACAAGCGAAGCCAGCUCAAGGUGCAAAAGGUGCUGGGCGAGAAGUGGAACGACCAGCUCCAGCAGCCGCUGUCCCCCAUCUCCUUCCAGGACCGGGAGCGCACCGUAUCGCAGGCGGCCAAGGACCUGGAGCGACCGUCUACGAGCGACUCGUCGCGAAAGCCGCAGCGCCGCAAGGUCGGCCUCCGCCAGUUUGGCGGACUGCGCCCGCCGAGCGAGCUCAUCGCCUCGGACCUGACGUCCUACUUCCCCGACCACCCCCGCGAGGACAUUGACCGGACGGCCCGGCUGUCCAUGAGGCGGUCGUCGCGUCUGAGCAAGGUCAACAGCCGGCUCAGUGUGGCCAGCAACCUCAGCUUCGCGUCCAGCAUCCAGGACGCGCCGCCGAUCCCGACCAUUGCCGACGCCUGGCUCAACAAUGGCAGCGCGCACGUGGCCAAGGUGCGGGCCAGCGACUCGACGCACGGGCGCAUGCCGCACUUUUACAGCCGAGACUCGAUUGCGUCGUCGAUGCUCGACACGCUGCAGGAGGAAUCGGCGCACGAGCCCGACCGCAAGUCAUACGUGUCGUUUACCGAGAGCGGGUCGGACACGGCGGCGGUGAGCGUGACGGAUCCCGACGGUAACACGACGAGGUCGAGCUUCUUCGCCGACAGCUCCAUGACAUCCGGGUCGUUCCAGGACCUGAAGCAGGCGCUGACGGACGACGGGGAGGAGGCGGACGAGGAGUUGCAGAGUUUUCUCGCCGGUGAGUCGUGGGACGACAACAAGUGGAUGAAGGGGGCUCUCAUCGGGCAGGGCUCGUUUGGGUCCGUGUACCUGGCGCUGCACGCCGUGACGGGAGAGCUCCUGGCGGUGAAGCAGGUGGAGACGCCGGCGCCCGGUGCUAACAGCCAAAGCGACACGCGCAAGAAGAGCAUGAUUGACGCGUUGAAGCGCGAGAUCAGCCUGCUGCGGGAGCUGCGGCACCCCAACAUUGUGCAGUAUCUCGGGUGCAGCUCGUCGGCCGACAAGCUCAACAUUUUCCUCGAGUACGUGCCGGGCGGGUCGGUGCAGACGAUGCUCAACUCGUACGGGGCGCUGCCGGAGCCGCUGGUGCGCAGCUUUGUGCGGCAGAUCCUGACGGGCCUGUCGUACCUGCACAACCGCGACAUCAUCCACCGGGACAUUAAGGGUGCCAACAUACUGGUGGACAACAAGGGCACCAUCAAGAUCUCCGACUUUGGCAUCUCCAAGAAGCUCGAGGCGUCCAACAUACUGAGCGGGGCCAACAACAACAAGCACCGGCCGUCGCUGCAGGGCUCCGUGUUUUGGAUGGCGCCCGAGGUGGUGAAGCAGACGUCGUACACGCGCAAGGCCGACAUCUGGUCGCUGGGCUGCCUGGUGGUGGAGAUGAUGACGGGCAACCACCCGUACCCGGACUGCAGCCAGCUGCAGGCCAUUUUCAAGAUUGGCGGCGGCAAGGCGGCGCCGACGGUUCCCGAGCAGGCCAGCCAGGAGGCGCAGGACUUUUUGAGCCAGACGUUUGAGAUUGACCACAACCUGCGGCCCAGCGCCGACGAGCUCAUGGUCAGCCCCUUUCUCGCGCCCAUCACAUAG